AUGUUCAUGAAAAAUGAAAUUAGAAAAAUUAUACGCAAUGAACACAUCAAGGAAAAUUCUAAAAAGACUUGUCGCUUUAGAGAUUUGUGGUUUUGUUUUUCAAAUGGAUUAACAAAAUUUUCUAAGCAAAAAGAAAAUAUAAUUCUCAGAAUUGUGACAUUGACUCAUAACGAGAUUUCAGUUCCAUAA